AUGCAGAUUAUACAGAGCCCGGAGAAGCUGAUAGAGCUUCCGCUCAAGGCGUACACGUCCUUCUGUGUUGCUGAAAAUGUCUGUGCAGUCGUAGGUGGUCACGAGGCAGCUGUUCAUAUACGGGCUCUCCCGCGACCAUUCACGUUUAGAGCGGGCUGCCAGAGUCCACAGGCCUGCAUCCUUUCCACUUUAAAUUGCCUCCUCGCCGUGGUGUACCGUUCAGACAACGGAUUUGAUCUGGGUCUUUUUUCUUGGUCUCUCCAAAGCGCUAGAGAGACCCAGCAGCACGAGUCUAGACUUACGAAAAGAACCCAGGUCCCUCUUGCUGGAAGGCCUGUGUCUGGGACGUGUCUGGCGGUCUCCAAUGACGAAGCUUUCCUAAUAUGCACUUUACUCAAUGAUGUGUUGAUCUACGCUAUUUCUGAAGACAUCUUUGUGUAUGUUUCCUCGUUCACCUACAUCAACCGCCAGGACAAUUUCUUCUCUGUGGGAAUAGUGAAGCAAACCGUUUCGUCGUCGGGUGCUCGGUUAUACGCUGGAAUCUUAGGCUGCAAAAACCAGUCCAUUGCAACCCUCACAUUUACUUAUUCUAAAGAAGACAAUUCUAUAGCUGUGGGAGAGUUCAAGUCCUUACUUCACUUGUCAUUUAUUCCAACAGGACUAUGGUACGACAAAACACACAUCGUGGCAUAUAACGACACAAAUAUCACUGUGAUUCCUUACAAGCAGACCCUUUCAGUUACACAGAGUGAGGCCGGCCCUGAGCUCUCACUCAAACUGUUUUCAGAUCAGCAGAUCCCGCUGGGGUAUUUCCUUGGGGCCAGCAAAAUCUUUACUGCCGGUCUAGGCCAGUCUCGUGACUCUGUGCAGCCGAGAAAUGAGCUUCUGGAGGAGCCCGAUGUCAUGCUUGCCACAACCCUUUUCGUUGAUACAGACGUUGGGGUCUUUGGUGUCCCGACAAACUCGCUCGCUCCCAGCAACGUUGCUUUAGCGGAACGAGAUGAUCAAGACCCGGAGAGUUUAGAAAUGUGUCUUGCCAGGGAGUGCAAGGGUACAUACAGUGUCUUGUCUUCCGUCUUUGAAUGGAGGGAUGGAUGCAGCCAUUUCUAUAUUAUUGAGGCAUCUAAUCGAAAACUUUAUUUGUUUCAUAGCCGCAUGGUAGCAGUUCGGGCUCAUACAACCGACGCCUCUCUUCUUACAAGGUUAUCCAUUGGCUAUGCUCCAAAACCGAAAGCGUAUGAUCUUAUAUUUGACGACUUUCAGAAGAGUUGUGAUGGGCACACAUGGUUUCUUCCCAUCACGUCAGUUCUAAACCCACAGCAUCCUCGGAUUGUGCGUGGAACCAAGCUGGGAGCGCCCAGUGUACCUUCCAGGUCAUCACAAGUCGCUUCUUCAUUGCAAGCAAAGAGAACCGCUUCUGCAGGGACAGGGCGAAUAGCAACGAAUAAGGUAAGGUCAUCUGGAUAUGCGUCUUCUAUUCCGUGGAGUGAGCAGCAGAAGCUCAAGCAGGAAAAACUGAGCAAGCAAAAGCAGGUAUCGCUCCCAAACAAUACUUCCAGUCUUACUUCCUUGGGCAAAGAGGAAGAGGUUUUAAAGCGGUACUCGCGGCUGAAGCAGCUAGCGGUCAUUUCCACAUCCAGCCCGAUUAUUUAUGCAGAGGCUUUGGACGAUGGGACGUUGGCUUACCUCUCCAGUGACAACUGUAUAAGUCUAUACACGAAAACAUCGACAGAAAAGGGGCCCUCAUUAAAGCUUAAGAUGUCCAUCGUUCCCUCUACACGCAUAACAUCAUUUAGCUCCCAUGUGAGCUCCCAGUUACUUUUGACUCCUGGCAUAAACGCCUCGCUAGGAGUGUGGCGAACAAUAGCGAGCAACAGAAAGGAACUCCUCUCAAUCGAACCUCGUAAAGCCUCUCCCCACGAGACAGCAUGGUGCUCAUUUAUUUGGCCACGAUGUGACACUGAGGGCCUGUGCCUGGCUGCAGCAAAUACGUCACUUUAUGCCUACAGAUAUGAUGUGUCUGGAAGCUUCUCUGACAGCGCUUCUUGUACGGAACCGGCGUACACUGAGCUGACCGUUUUGAGUCUCCCAUCAGUGAUUUAUGGGGGUGCCUGCUUUACUCGCUUCAAGUCGCCAGUUUGCUUCCUUACUCAUUCAAGAUCGGAUAAGAAUGGUCCAUCUGAUACCUUGAGCGUUGUUGACAUUGCGCGCAUGAAGAAGGUGGCUACAAUAAGCAACGAGGUGUCUCCGCAUGCUAGGACCCCUUCUGUCUUCUUGCCUGACCUGGCAUAUACCUGCCUAGGGUCCAUGACAGAGAACAUCUUUGCUACUAGUGCUUCUGGCAUGACAGCUGGAGAAGUGGCGCUGUACGAUGCGCGGCAGACACUUGAACAACCAAUUCGACUAUUCAGUGGAGUAUCGGCAGUAAAAGCGAAUCCACGAGUAGCGUUUCUUCCCAAGUGCAACGGUCUCGCCGUUUCCGGAGAUGAAGGACGCAUUCUAAUAUAUGACAUUCGGACGUCAGGAAUAGUCUUUGACAGUUCCGCUAUCUUCAGAGCCCGCUCUCCCACUGGCUGGCUAGCCGCCUCCAGCACAGGAGCACUCAUCGGUGGCACCCAUGACGGAAAGCUUUACGCUUUUUUCUUGUAG